UGCCUCAGACGGGCGCAGAGACGGAAGCCGGAAGUCGAUGCUCAGGAAUGUUGAUGUUAGAAAGUGGAAGAGAAGAGCGUCGACGAGCUUAAAAACAGCUUGAUUGAUUAAAUCCGAGCAGGAUGAUGAAGAUCUCGAGCAGAAUGUGAGAAAACAUCAUGCUGAUCAAACACAUCAGACAGCGCAGUGUCGGCCGGGCGAAGGUGGCUCAUGCAGUGGUGGUGAUCUUCAUGGAGUUCUUCGCCUGGGGUCUCCUGACCACACCGAUGCUGACGGUCCUGCAUGAAACCUUCCCACAGCACACGUUCCUCAUGAACGGCCUCAUUCAGGGCGUCAAGGGCUUGCUGUCGUUCAUGAGCGCUCCUCUGAUCGGUGCCUUGUCUGAUGUUUGGGGCAGAAAAAGCUUCCUGCUGCUCACAGUGUUUUUCACCUGCGCCCCCAUCCCACUAAUGAGGAUCAGCCCAUGGUGGUUUUUCGCUCUGAUGUCAGUUUCUGGACUUUUCUCUGUUACGUUUUCGGUGAUAUUUGCAUAUGUGGCUGAUAUUACAGAAGAGCAUGAAAGAAGCACAGCGUAUGGACUGGUUUCUGCGACUUUCGCAGCGAGUUUAGUGACGAGUCCGGCUAUAGGAGCGUUCCUGUCCGUCCAGUACGGAGACAGUCUGGUGGUUCUGCUCGCCACUAUCAUCGCGGUGGCUGAUAUUCUGUUCGUCCUGCUGGUGGUGCCCGAGUCUCUGCCGGACAAAAUGAGACUGUCAUCAUGGGGUUUUCCCAUUUCCUGGGAGCAGGCGGAUCCUUUCGCUUCUCUGAGGAAGGUCGGUAAAGACUCCACAGUGCUGCUCAUCUGCGUCACAGUGUUCCUGUCGUAUCUGCCGGAGGCCGGACAGUAUUCCAGCUUCUUCCUCUACCUGGGACAGGUCAUUAACUUCUCGUCAGAAGCGAUUGCAGGGUUUAUUGCGAUGGUGGGAAUCCUGUCCAUCAUUGCACAGACGUUACUUUUAAGUGUUCUAAUGAAGAGAAUUGGAAAUAAAAGCACAGUGCUUCUGGGACUCGGAUUUCAGCUGUUCCAGCUGGCCUGGUACGGCUUCGGGUCAGAACCAUGGAUGAUGUGGGCGGCCGGAACCGUCGCUGCCAUGUCCAGUAUCACCUUUCCGGCCGUGAGCGCGCUGGUGUCUCGCUGCACGGAUCACGACCAGCAGGGAGCGGUUCAGGGGAUGAUCACAGGGAUUCGAGGUCUGUGUAACGGACUCGGUCCGGCUAUGUUUGGAUUCAUAUUCUUCCUCUUCAAUGUGGAACUGAAGGAGAUGAACCCCGUCCCGGACCCCAUCACACCCGGCACCGAAGAGAAGUCUGCUAUUCCAGGUCCUCCCUUCCUGUUCGGCGCAUGUACGGUGGUUCUGGCGCUGCUGGUGGCGGUUUUCAUUCCGGCUCAACACGCUCCGGCCGUGAAGACGUGCAGCACGCGGGUCCUGACGGAGGCCGUGAGCGGCGGCGGCGGCCCGGAGAACAGCUCCGUUCCUGUGAGCGACGAAGACAACGAGCCUCUUUUACAGGACAGCAGCUUAUAGACGACUGAAUUCCAGCGGUGUGUCGGAAAAAGCUUUUUAUGGAACGUCUAAACGUCUUUUUGGCAACUCUUUACAAUAAGGUCUCAUUAGUUAACACAUUCUGUGCAGCAUUCAUUAAUCUUUAUCAAUGUUAGUUAAUAAAAACAGAAAAAUAAAAAAAA